UUAGGACCCCGUCGAACCUCAGGUAGAUAUUCACUAUUCAGCCUGUUAGGAAACCAGCAGUCGGAGCUUUAAAUAUCCUCUGUGACAGGCGUUUGUCGUGAAAAGGUAAAGAAGAAGAUGGAAAGGACGGUCAGCCUCCCGAAUCAGCCCGACAGAACCACCACGGUGACGCUGGUUGAGAGCAGCAGCGCCCCCAGCGGGGUGGAACUGGUCAGCUCCUACCAGACCACCAGGGUGGGAGACCCCAUGGACCUGGUGGCCUUGGCCACGCAAGUACAGCGGGGGGACGAUUUCACUAAAGCCAACGCUUGCAACAAACUGACGGUCAUCGCCGACCAGAUCAGGUACCUGCAGGAACAGGCGAGGAAGGUUUUGGAGGACGCUAAAAGAGAUGCCGACCUCCACCACGCUGCCUGCAACAUAGUCAAAAAACCCGGCAACAUGUACUACCUCUACCAGCGGCCCUCUGGACAGCAGUACUUCUCCAUCAUCUCCCCGAAGGAAUGGGGUCCCAGCUGCCCGCACGCCUUCACCGGCGCGUUCAAGCUUCAGCACGACAUGUCCUGGACCCCCGCGGAGCAGGUGGAGAAGAGGGACGCCGAGAUUGCCAUCAUGGACAAACUUCUCAGCCAGCAGACCACCCUGCCGCCGCACACAGGACCCAACUUCAGAGGCAUCUCUGAGUAGGGGGGGGGGUCACCAGUUAAUGGACGUGAGUCCGCACAUGCAGCCAAAGCGUCUCGCACUGACUCAAGGAGAAGCGGGUAAACUCGAUCCCGACGGUGACGGACAUCCAAACAAUCGUUUGUCGUGGUGUCUCAAAUCUUUUAAAUAUGUAAAUGAGCGUUAUCGAAUACAAAUGCAGGGAAAUAAUUUGUUUAAAGCUUUUGAUUUGGUUGAUGAAGGUUUUAGCUGAGGGGAUUUGGGAUAUUUCUUCUGCAUUUACUCCAUGAAUCAGAUAUGAACAGCUGUUCAAAAAAAAUGGUCGACAUUUUUUGUAAUAACUGAUAACGUACAAGUGAGGCUGUCAAUGAAACGUGAACAGACGUGAUGAGGAGGAACGACACUACAGUUUGGUGGAUAUAAGAGACAGUGGAUUUAUGAACGUGACUAAACAUGAACCAAUACCAUCAAAUAUUCAAACCAAUUACGACCAAGGAUCUUCGUCUUUAGUCUUUAGAAAUGUGUGCCUUAUUUAUGGGUAACUUUAGGGACAUUUAUGGGUCUACAGAUGGAAAUGAACACCGUAUUAAUAGAAAGACACAGUGUGGCACACUGGUUAGCCUGCACGUGGACACAGUCCAUUUGAAUUUAUCAAACUGGUUCCAUCUACAUUUAGUAGAGGACAAGAUUUAGAGUCUGCAGUUUUAUGUUGACAAAUAACAUUUUCUGCUAUGCAAUGAUUUUUUUAAAGGAAUUGUUCAUUGUUUACAUCUUUUCUCUGCUUCUCUUUUCAACAUGUUACAGCUUCCAACAGCAUAAAAAAAUAAAAAGCAACCAUAUAAAAAC